CGCCACCGCCAUCGUGCGUUCCCCGCCGUUAUAAAUAUGCUCUCGUCCCGCGCUCCGUCUUUCGCCCUUCCGCCGCUCUUUGGCCUCGUUCAUCUCCUGUCCUGUCCCGUCCCGUCACUCUCGCUGGCCCCCAGCCCCCAUGACUGCUUCGGCCGGAACCAUCUUCUCGGGCCUCAGCCCGCUGGUUGACCCUGUCGGGCUCUUCCUCAUUCAAGCUCUCAUCAUCAUCGCCUUCUCGCGCGCCCUCGCUGCCCCGCUGGCCUAUCUGAAGCUGCCCAAGGUCCUCGCCGAAAUUAUUGUCGGCAUCAUCCUCGGCCCUUCCGCCCUGUCCUCCAUCCCGGCCUUCGCCAACAACGUCUUCCCCGCUGCCUCGCUGCCCCCGCUGCAGCUGGCGGCUGACUUUGGCCUGAUUUUCUACUUUUUCCUGAUCGGCGUCGAGCUGGAUGUCAGAAACCUCUUCAAGAACAAGCGCUCGGCAGCCAUCGUGUCGUUCUCUGGCAUUAUCCUCACCUUCGUCAUCAGCAUUGGCGCAUCCAAGGCCCUCUACGACAACCUGAUGCCGAUCGGCACCACCAUCCCGUUCGUCUCGUUCUUGUUCUUCAUUGGUGUCGCCACCUCCAUCACGGCCUUCCCGGUGCUGGUCCGCAUCAUCUCCGAGGGCAAGCUCAUGUCCAACAAGAUUGGCCAGCUGACCCUAGCUGCUGCUCAGGUCGAUGACGCCUUUGCUUGGGGCGUCCUGAUCUACAUCAUCGCCUGGAUCAACAACACCAACAACCCCGUCAAGGCCCUGGCAACCACCGGCUGCAUCGUCGCCUGGGGCUUGGUCCUGUGGUUCAUCAUCCGCCCCAUUUUCGAGCGCUGGAUCCGCCAUUCGGAUAGCUCUGACGUGGUAUCGCAGUUCAUGGUCUUUGUCACCUUCAUCCUCGUCUCGAUCUCGGCCAGCUUCGCCUCCAUGAUGGGCUCACAUGCCAUCUUUGGUGCCUUCUUUGUCGGCCUGAUCAUUCCGCACGGACACGGCUUUGCCCUCAACCUGACCGAGAAGAUUGAGGAUAUCAUCACUGUGAUUUUCCUCCCCCUGUACUUUGCCUACUCGGGAUUCAACACUCGCUUCGACUAUCUCAACAACGGUACCAUCUGGGGAAUGGUUGUUCUUGUCACCGUCGUUGCCUGUUUCGGCAAGAUCGUUGGAUGUAUGAGCGCUGCCAAGUUCCUCGGCCUGACCGUCCGCGAAUCCUUCGCUGUCGGCAUCCUGAUGAACACCAAGGGUCUCGUUGAGCUCAUUGUUCUCAACCUCGGCCUCCAGUCCGGUGUCAUCUCGGUGCAAGUCUUCACCGUCAUGGUCGUCAUGGCCGUCAUCACCACGGCCGUGACCGGUCCUUUGCUCAGCAUCGUCUACCCCACUUCGCUCUACGGUCGCGGCUCCAGCACUUCCAGACUGUCGCUCCCGCCCACGAACGAAGGCGCCGCCAAGCCCGGCUCGAUUCAGUGGAAGAACCAUCUGCAGAUCCUCGUGGCCCUGCCCAAUAUGCACGUCGUGCCCUCGAUGAUGGCCGUCUCUGAAAUGAUCCAGAACAAGCUCAACCCCCUCACCAUCCACGCCCUGCGUCUGAUCCAGUUGAACGACCGUACUUCCUCGCUGCUUAUGGCUUCCGAGCUGGACCAAACCCUGCGGAACGACGCCAUCCUGAACGUCUUCCGGACCUUUGGCACCCUCUACGGCCUGCCCGUGAAUCCGCUGGUCGCUGUCUCGCACACCGACGAGUUUGCCGAGUACAUUGUCUCCUCUGCGAUCGAUACCCAGGCCAACCUGAUCAUCGUGCCUUGGCACCCGCAUUCGAACGACGACGUCGCUGAUGGCUUUGAGGACGAUGGUCUGAGCAAGCGCGACGUCGCAGAGGCCAUCGUCAACCAGUCGCCUUGCUCGGUGGCCAUCUUUGUGGACCGCGGCUUUGGCGGCUUCUCGCGCAUCGGCCAAACCAACGACGUUGUCAGCCAGAGCGUCUACGUGCUGUACUUUGGAGAGUCUGGCGACGACCACGAGGCCCUGCUGUUCACCUCGUAUCUCUCGGCCCACGUUGAGCUCAACAUUUGCAUUCUGCGGAUCUCUGACCAGAAGGACCCGGCCCAAAUUGCUGCCGCCGGUGCCUCGCAGAUCACCGUCAACAAGGACGUCGGCGAGGACAGCCAGCCCGGCCGCAUCCGGUCGUGCACCCAGAUCAUCGAGUCACUGGCCAUCAAGGCCAACGUCAAGAUCGAGGAUUUGACCUCGUCCACCCCCGUUGGAGCCAUCGUCGACAGGCUUGCGGGCAACCUCAGCCACCACGACUUGGUCGUCGUCGGCGACUCCAACUACAAAACCCGCGGCGGCAUCAAUGAGAAGAAACUGCUGCGCAACUGGGUCAACCGCGAGCUCAAGGCCAGCUCGGUCGUCGUCUCCGAGUCCAAGAUCAUCGAGAAGAUAUAGUUCGCUUUGGGAGGGGAGUGGGACC